AUGUCACAAUUAAAGAAGACAAAUCUCAAUUCAGUAAAAGAAUUACAGAAAACAACAGAUGAACAAUUAGGUUCAGUAUUACAAAAUUUAGGUUAUGAAGAAUCAUUUAAGAUCAUAGAUUUAAAAUUAGGAUUAGGUACAAUAACUGUUGUUAUAGCAGGAUUAUUAUUUUUAGCAGAUAAAAAAUUCAAAUUUAAAGACAUAUAUAAUAUUACAUUGAUUUCAUGUGUGGUGUAUGGAAUUGUUAAUGCUGCUUUAUUUCUCAUAAAUUUAAAAUAUAAAAAUGUCAAAUAUAUUGGAUAUAACAAAAAGGGUGGAAUAAUAACAAUAGCUAGUGAAAUAAAGAAAUAUGAACCAAACUAUUACGUAACGAUUACAAUUGAUGACAAAGCUCCAAACAAAACUGUAAUACCUUUUAAUAAAUUUUUUGAUAUCAUUGGAUUCUUUAACAGAGAUGAAUUUUUGAAAUUAUUAAGUAGUGAUAUUAAUAAAAAGUCAGAGUAG